AGACAUACAAAAUGCCAAAGAAGAGAGCUUCCAACGGUAGAAACAAGAAGGGUAGAGGCCACGUCAAGCCGGUCAGAUGCGUCAACUGCUCCAAGUGUGUUCCUAAGGACAAGGCCAUCAAGAGAAUGACCAUCAGAAACAUCGUUGAGGCUGCUGCUAUCAGAGACUUGUCCGAGGCCUCCGUGUACGCUGAGUACGCUUUGCCAAAGACCUACAACAAGCUACACUACUGUGUGUCUUGUGCCAUCCACGCUAGAAUCGUGCGUGUCAGAUCCAGAGAGGACCGGAGAAUCAGAACUCCUCCUCAGAGACAGAGAUUCAACCGUGAGAACCGCGUCAACCCAGCUGACGCCGCUAAGAAGGCUUUGUAG